UAUCAGUAGCAUGUAGCGUCGCUCAGCACUUACUAUUCUGGAUGAAGCGAGAUAUAACACGUAGUUGGCUGUCAGACUGACGUCGGUGCUCCGGUUAUCACUUUGCCCCGGGAAGAGAAAAUAAGGAGUUUUUUUCGGGCGAAUCGCGUGUCGGAAUGAAUUUCCAGGACUUUGACCACACAGCAGCUCGUAAAGUGGAGUAGAAACCCGCUGCAACGUUUUACCAAAUAGGACCGAAGACUUGCAAAAGUCUUGCACGGAUUCAUCUUGCAACCGUUUUGUAUCUAUACGAAUAGUAAACACGUUUUUUUUUUUUGUAAUAACGUGACUUUGUUGUCAGUUUGCUGCUGCCGUUUCCUAAUUUAUGACGUUUGACUCCUAGGCGAUGUGAACGGUAAUUAUAAUCAUUGAACUGCAUGUCUCCCAAUUGGUGAACACAAGAUAACUGUCCCACUGGAGGAGGAUUUGUACCAUGGCAACUGGAAUCAUCGUUAUUUUUCAAGUCUAUGUAAACAAUUGUCCUCUGUACUAAGUGAUGGGUCCGCAGCACAGAAGACAUCGAUAACCUCUGUGUCAGCACGUUUUUUACCCUCCUUAUCUUUCUCAGUUGUCAUCCUAUUUUAUGUUCAAGCUUUUAUCGUUUCUACAAUGGAAACGGUCGUAUUGAAGUUGCAACGCUCAUCGUUAAUCUGAGCACCACCAUCAGAGCGACUCGUUUAUCUUCUCGAGACUCCGUUGUAAGGACAGUCAUGUGGGGCCCUGCGCCACCAUCCCUGCAGGUCGCCGUAAAAGUACUGAAACACGUCGCUGUCAAAGGACAGAUCCAGCUGAAACGCUGGCUCCACAGACCCUCCCCGGACGACUGCGAUAAAAUUGACCUCUUGAUAUGCAACACCUUUGACGAGAGAGGAGGCGCCGUCGGCAAGUCUGAUGGAGACCCGGAGAGCAUCGUUGACACUGGCGUGUCAUUCACCGGUGGCGCCACCAACAGGGAGUUCAGACACCAGUGUUGUAUUACCACGUGUUGCUUCAAGAGCAGCCUCCUGGCUUGCAUUCUGACAGCUGUGUGCUUCUCCUCCGUGGCUCUAGUCCGACAGUACCUCAAGGACCUUCUUCUCUGGGUGGAGAGCUUGGACAGCCUGGUUGGAGCCUUGCUGUUCAUAGUUGCUCUGAUCAUUGUGUCCUUCCCAUUCGGCUGGGGGUACAUCGUACUGAACGUGGCUGCGGGAUACCUCUACGGCUUCGUGCUGGGUAUGGGACUGGUGAUGGUGGGGGUGCUCAUAGGUACCUUCGUGGCUCACCUGGUGUGUAAGAGACUGUUGACGGACUGGGUGGUCAACAAGGUGGGGAACUCUGAACAGCUCAGUGCUGUAAUACGGGUGGUGGAGGGGGGGAGUGGACUCAAAGUGGUGGCCUUAGCAAGACUCACGCCCAUUCCCUUUGGACUCCAGAAUGCAGUGUUCUCAAUCACAGACGUGUCGUUGCCGAACUACCUGGUGGCAUCGUCAGUCGGCCUGCUGCCCACACAGCUCCUAAACUCCUACCUGGGCACCACGCUGCGCACCAUGGAGGACGUCAUCGCAGAACAGAGCAUCAGCGGAUAUCUGGUCUUCAGUCUACAGAUCAUCAUCAGUAUAGGUCUGAUGUUCUACGUGGUCCAUCGGGCCCAGGUGGAGCUGAAUGCGGCCAUCGCUGCCUGUCAGAUGGAGCUGAAGACAUCACACAUGAACGGCACUUCCACCAAUCACAGCGGCUUCACGUACUGCAGCAAGAGGGCGUCGGCCGGGGGUGGGAUCAUCAACGUGGUCUGAUUAAUGUCUCAAAACCCUGAUUGGACACGAGCAAAUGGGAUCAAAAUGAACACUGAUUGGCCAGUAGAGCAGAUCUGAUAUCUUCCACGACGAGGAGGACCUACCAAAUAGCAACGCUGAUUGUGUGAAUCUAUGGGACUUGUAGGUGCAGCUGAGGGCUGCCAGGUGUUUAGUAGUCAGGUACAGUGGUGUUGUCAUCACAGACUUAGCUACAACCUGAACACUCUAUGCAGCACAGCUCACCAUUCAGAUCUCAAUGAGACCAAGGGCUUCUCUUCUACAGUGUGGGACCAGAGGCUAAGGGCUUCUCUUCUACAGUGUGGGACCAGGGGCUAAGGGCUUCUCUUCUACAGCGUGGGACCAGGGGCUAAGGGCUUCUCUUCUAUAGUGUGGGACCAGGGGCUAAGGGCUUCUCUUCUACAGCGUGGGACCAGGGUGCUAUGCUAUAUGUUGACCUCAUUUAUAAUGAUGUCAAAAGGAAGAAAUGGUUUAGCAUACACUACGAGGCCUUUUUUCUAUUGGUUCAUUUUUUUUGUUUUUCUCUCACCAUAAGAAGCAGUACGCCAACGUGUUGAUCCUGCUCUGUUACUGGGGUAGAGGCUUACGGAACCAUGCGUCAGUGUAGCCUAGUGGUUAGAGCGUUGGACUAGUAACCGGAAGGUUGCGAGUUCAAACCCCCGAGCUGACAAGGUACAAAUCUGUUGUUCUGCCCCUGAACAGGCAGUUAACCCACUGUUCCUAGGCUGUAAUUUGUUCUUAACAGACUUGCCUGGUUAAAUAAAGGUAAAAAAAAUAAAAAUUACGUAUGGCUUAAUGAUGAGGUAUGGCUUAAUGAUGACGUAAUGAUGAGGUAUGGCUUAACGAUGACGUAUGGCUUAAUGACCAAAGCUGAGGGGGUCACUACAACAGAGGCACAACCUGGCUGUGUCACAAAUGGCCCCCUAUUCAAUAUGCACUACUGUAGAGCCCUAUGGUUCCUGGUCAAAAGUAGUGCGCUAUAUAGGGAAUCCCUGUCUGCCUGUCAGAUGUACAAUAUGCUAAUAAUAUGUGUGUAAAGUAGGAGGAGUUUGUUGUGCUCUGUUUCCAUGUUCCAUCCAAACUUCCCUUGCAAAUGAUAGCUGUUUUAGUUACCAACAAUUUUUGGGGGGUUAAUUCAUUGUUUUUUUAUUAUUUUUUGCAUUUUUUUAAUGUUGAUUUGUAAAAUAGUAAAGGGCAUUAUUUGGAUAGGUUUAUCAGUCUGUAGUUGAAUCCUGUUUAAUUGUGCCUUAUUGCUUAGAAUAGAGAGACCGAGGUCUCUGUUGGUGUUACCAAGCUAGGAGUACUGGAGUUCAUUAGGUACCAAACGGGGAGGGACUAAACUUGUGCAGAAGUUUGUGAGAAAUGUGAUGACGGGACUAUAUUGAUAUUAACGGGCAGAAUCAUAACUUGUCCAAUAAGAAACAAUUGUUUUCACGGGAGCACGUCCGCUUUGGCCGAAGGGAGCAGGUCGGCUUUGGCCUGUUCUGUCUGUCAGUUGAUCAUUUUAGCGGCCCUGCAGUUCUGACAGGAACAGAUGGGAGAGACAUUCUCAGCAGGAGAUGUUGUAAUGUUCUGCUAAGGAACCCUGAGUACAGCAUGGUCUGAUUUACUGUAGGCUAGCUAGCUACCAUUUUGAUUUACUGUAGACUGGCUAGCUACCAUUCUGAUUUACUGUAGACUGGCUAGCUACCAUUCUGAUUUACUGUAGACUGGCUAGCGACCAUUCUGAUUUACUGUAGACUGGCUAGCUACCAUUCUGAUUUACUGUAGACUGGCUAGCUACCAUUCUGAUUUACUGUAGGCUAGCUACCAUUCUAAUUUACUGUAGACUGGCUAGCUACCAUUCUGAUUUACUGUAGGCUAGCUAGCUUCUGAUUUACUGUAGGCUGGCUAGCUUCUGAUUUACUGUAGGCUAGCUAGCUUCUGAUUUACUGUAGACUGGCUAGCUACCAUUCUGAUUUACUGUAGACUGGCUAGCGACCAUUCUGAUUUACUGUAGACUGGCUAGCUACCAUUCUGAUUUACUGUAGGCUAGCUAACUUCUGAUUUACUGUAGGCUGGCUAGCUUCUGAUUUACUGUAGACUAGCUAGCUUCUGAUUUACUGUAGGCUGGCUAGCUACCAUUCUGGUUUACUGUAGACUGGCUAGCUUCUGAUUUACUGUAGGCUAGCAAGCUUCUGAUUUACUGUAGGCUAGCUAGCUUCUGAUUUACUGUAGGCUAGCUAGCUUCUGAUUUACUGUAGGCUGGCUAGCUUCUGAUUUACUGUAGGCUGGCUAGCUUCUGAUUUACUGUAGGCUAGCUAGCUUCUGAUUUACUGUAGGCUGGCUAGCUACCAUUCUGAUUUACUGUAGAAAACAAUGUUAUAUUGUGAGAAUAGCUGUAGAUUAGCCUGGCUACAGAUCUGUUCGACUGUACACUUCGCCCUAAUAAAAAAACUAUUUUCUACUGUGAGUAAAAAGGAUAGCUGUUUAUAAGUCUCUAGUCUGCUUCAUAAAAUCCUGCAACUAUUUAUUAACGUUCUCCUUGCAUCGACCAAACCCUGAUUCGUCCGUCGGGCUGACAAAUGGUGAAGCAUGAAACAUCACUCUUAAUUAAGAAAGCGUUUCCACUGCUCCAGAGUCCAAUGGGGGCUUUCUACCACUUCAGCCGAUGCUUGUCAUUGCGCAUGGUGAUCUUAGGCUUGUGUGCGGCUGCUCCGCCAUGGAAACCCAUUUCAUGAAGCUCCCGACGAACAGUUCUUGUGCUGAUGUUGCUUCCAGAGGCAGUUUGGAACUCUGUAGCGAGUGUUGCAACCAAGGAUAGACUAUUUUUACGCACUUCAGCACUCUGUGAGCUUGUGUGGCCAACCACUUCGCAGCUGAGACGUUUCUUUCUUCUCCUAGACGUGUCCACUUCACAGUAACAGCACUUACAGUUGACCGGGGAAGCUGUAGCAGGGCUUCAAUUUGACGAACUGACUUGUUGGAAAGGUGGCAUCAUGACGGUGCCACGUUGAAAGUCACUGUGCUCUUCAGUACGGGCCAUUCUACUGCUAAUGUUUGUCUAUGGAGAUUGCAUGGCUGUGUGCUGGAUUUUGUACACCUGUCUGCAACGGGUGUGGCUGAAAUAGACGAAUCCAUACAUUUUUUUAAGGGGGUGUCCACAUACUUUCAUAAAUAUACAAUGUACAUGAAUCUAGAACUCCAGAUUCCAGCUGUUUUUAAAUCACUAGUAUGUAAAAUGGUGUUUCUUAAUACCCACAAAAAUCAAACAUGACAUGUACGCAAAACGAUGAAUGUGAUCAUCCUUAGGUGCACACUUUAUUCUAUGGACUUGAAUAUUCUUAUUGUGGUGAUGCUGUUGCUUUGAUGGUAAAGGUCUAGUAGAGGAUACUGGCUUCUACCAAACAUCAUCUGGUCUAGUUUGGUCUUCGCUUUGUUCCCAAGCCUGAAAUCUCUCUUCCCAGACCGGUUUCUCUUGUCCUGACAAAAUGACUAUAAGUUGUCGGCUUGGCUCCACCACAAACCCAUCUGACAACAGUCCCUCUGUUCCAUCUUAUUCCAUCUUCUCUCAUUCUUCUUCUCUGGUUUUGGAAGCAGCGUAGAGUAUAAACCAACACAUUCCAUGCUGUCUGUCAGUUGGUUCUUCUCUGGUUUUGGAAGCAGAGUAGAGUAUAAACCAACACAUUCCAUGCUGUCUGUCAGUUGGUUCUUCUUCUCUGGUUUUGGAAGCAGUGUAGAGUAUAAACCAAAACAUUCCAUGCUGUCUGUCAGUUGAUUCUUCUUCUCUGGUUUUGGAAGCAGAGUAGAGAAUAAACCACCACAUUCCAUGCUGUCUGUCAGUUGGUACUUCUUCUCUGGUUUUGGAAGCAGAGUAGACUAUAAACCAACACAUUCCAUGCUGUCUGUCAGUUGGUUCUUCUUCUCUGGUUUUGGAAGCAGAGUAGAGUAUACACCAACACUUUCCAUGCUGUCUGUCAGUUGGUUCUUCUUCUCUGGUUUUGGAAGCAGCGUAGAGUAUAAUUAAGUCUUCACUAUUUCUGAGAAUGGGGCCUCCUCUUUCCUGAAUUUAGAAAUAAUGUUUUGAAAAAGUGUGCAGAAAUGUGAUGACGGGACUAUACUGAUAUUAACGGGCAGAAUCAUACAACAUUCCCUGGAGUUAGCCUGGCUCCAGGUCUGUUUGUGCUUUUACCUACUUCAUGCUGUCAGCCAAGACGAGGAGUGGCACGGUGGCACAAACAGACUUGUACCCAGGCUACAUUGGAGUUGGCAAGACCGCACAAGCAGAUCUGGGAUCCAGGCUACAAACCUGCCUUGUGGUUCCUGCUGUCUAACACGUAAAGCUGCCUAACACUUCAUCAUAGACGGACCGACGCUUCAUUAAUUCUACUCUGUCCACCAGCACAGCAUUUAAACAGCUUUUAUUUAGACAAACAAACGGGGCAGUUGGAAAAAGUGUCAUCUCUAGUCACUGAGCCUGGGGGACGAGGUGUCAUCACUAGUCACUGAGCCUGGGGACGAGGUGUCAUCUCUAGUCACUGAGCCUGGGGAUGAGGUGUCGUCACUGAGCCUGGGGACGAGGUUAGUGGAGGUGUCAUCUCUAGUCACUGAGCCUGGGGGACGAGGUGUCAUCACUAGUCACUGAGCCUGGGGACGAGGUGUCAUCUCUAGUCACUGAGCCUGGGGAUGAGGUUAGUAGAGGUGUCAUCUCUAGUCACUGAGCCUGGGGACGAGGUGUCAUCUCUAGUCACUGAGCCUGGGGACGAGGUGUCAUCUCUAGUCACUGAGCCUGGGGACGAGGUUAGUGGAGGUGUCAUCUCUAGUCACUGAGCCUGGGGACGAGGUUAGUAGAGGUGUCAUCUCUAGUCACUGAGCCUGGGGAUGAGGUGUCAUCUCUAGUCACUGAGCCUGGGGACGAGGUGUCGUCACUAGUCACUGAGCCUGUCGACGAGGUUAGUGGAGGUGUCAUCUCUAGUCACUGAGCCUGGGGAUGAGGUUAGUGGAGGUGUCAUCUCUAGUCACUGAGCCUGGGGAUGAGGUUAGUAGAGGUGUCAUCUCUAGUCACUGAGCCUGGGGACGAGGUGUCAUCUCUAGUCACUGAGCCUGGGGGACGAGGUGUCAUCUCUAGUCACUGAGCCUGGGGGACGAGGUGUCGUCACUGAGCCUGGGGACGAGGUUAGUAGAGGUGUCAUCACUAGUCACUGAGCCUGGGGGACGAGGUGUCGUCACUGAGCCUGGGGAUGAGGUGUCAUCUCUAGUCACUGAGCUUGGGGAUGAGGUGUCAUCUCUAGUCACUGAGCCUGGGGAUGAGGUGUCGUCACUGAGCCUGGGGAUGAGGUGUCAUCUCUAGUCACUGAGCCUGGGGCCGAGGUGUCAUCACUAGUCACUGAGCCUGGGGACGAGGUGUCGUCACUGAGCCUGGGGAUGAGGUUAGUAGAGGUGUUAUGCAAUCAUGAAGCGGGUUUUACCGACAUCAAAAGCUUUGGUUUCUGUUCAUCUGUUGGCUCUACUUUACAUAGACACGUUAUGCAACCAUGGAUUCAUACAGGAAGUCUUCCAUAGACCUACCAAUUCUUAGCCUGGCCCCAGAUCUGUUUCUACUGUCUAGCCAACUCCUAAAUAGUGUUUGACAUGACAAUGACCAUAAGAGUUGGAUAUACAAACUAAUCUGAGUAUAGGCCAACAAACCCCUACUCUGGGACCUAACUGGGGUCUGGUGAAGUAGACCCUAGAUCAGAGGUGGGCAAACCUUUUGGCUCGAGGGCCACAACGGGAUUUUGAAAUUCAACAGAAGGAUACAUUUUUUGGAGGGGACCAAUUGCUUGUUAAAAUCAAUUUGAGGGGGCCUCCCGAGUGGCGCAGUGGUCUAAGGCGUCAUUACAGACCCGGGUUCGAUCCCAGGCUGUGUCAUAGCUGGCCGUGACAUGAGGCGGUGCACAAUUGGCCCAGCGACGUCCGGGUUAGGGGAGGGUUUGGCAGGCCGAGAUUUCCUUGUCCCAUCACGCUCUAGCGACUCCUGUGGCGGGCCGGGCGCAUGCACGCUGAUGCAGUCGCCAGGUGUAAGGUGUUUCCUCUGACACAUUGGUGCGGCUGGUUUCCAGGUUCAGUGGGCGUUGUGUCUAGAAGCAGUGAGGCUGGUUUCCUGGUUCAGUGGGCGUUGUGUCUAGAAGCAGUGAGGCUGGUUUCCUGGUUCAGUGGGCGUUGUGUCUAGAAGCAGUGAGGCUGGUUUCCUGGUUCAGUGGGCAUUGUGUCUAGAAGCAGUGAGGCUGGUUUCCUGGUUCAGUGGGCGUUGUGUCUAGAAGCAGUGAGGCCUUGUUGGGUUGUGUAUUGGAGGACGCACGGCUCUCGACCUUCGCCUCUCCCGAGUCCGUACAGGAGUUGCAGCGAUGGGACAAGACUGUAACUACCAAUUGGAUGCCACAAAAUUGGGUAUUCAGAUGCUGGGUCAGAUUAUAAUUUUUGCCAACUAAUGGUUAAGGUUAGGAUUUGGGGAGGGAUAGCUGAUCUGUACCUCAGAGAAACUUGGUUUCUUGAUUCGACUUCACAUUGGAACACAGCCGGAUCUCAUAGACCUGACGUAACAUAGUAAAAGUAAAUCCACGAUACCAAUUAGUAUGAUAUGUUACGUAUGGUUACAUGAGACAGAUGGUUGCUGAAGGUAACAACUAAAGUA